GUUAUCCAAUUGCACAAACAAUCCAAUGAAUGUUGCCCAGAAUAUGGCCAUGACUUAUUAUGACGCUCUUGAAGCAGCACUAUCUGAAGUGUUCAACCAAUUCUGUUGGGGUUGAGAAGCUUCACAAUCACCACAAGCCAUGAUUGCUCAGUCAAAAGCUCUGAAUAUCAGGAAGACCACAAUAGGGGAUCUCAGUAUGAUGAAUGAUACACAAUGUGGCUCUCCUGUGAAACAAACGAGCAUCAAGACCAAAAAGACGAGGAAAACUCUCCCUUGUAUUGCUAAAAAUCUAAACAUGAUCCUCCAAAUGGUUGAGUGCAAUCAAGAAGUGAGCUUCACCGCAACCACCAAGAGCUCCAGAGGCCUUCACAAUGGAACCUCCAAGAGGAGAUCCAGAUAUAUUGGAGUCCUCGGCAAUGGCACUCGUUGGCAAGUCCUCAUUAAUGUCCGUGGCAAGAAGAAGUACAUCGGAACCUUCGGAAGCGAGAAAGAAGCCGCCAUUGUGCACGACUUCUACGCCAUCGGACUUAACGGACUUGAAGCUAACACCAACUUUAGCUACGAUGGGAUGACAGUACAAGACAUGAUCAUGAACUACUUCACUAAUGAUAGCUGUUUCACUCCAUCUGAGUUUGCAACCAGAGUCUAAUCAUUAAC